AUGGCCCCUUUUGCUCGCUCACAGGAUAAGGCAUCGAGCGAGCAGACGAAAUGCCGCUUAGCUGAAAUUGUACAAUAUAAAUGCGACGUUGAACAAAACAACCAAGGGCAGCCCCAGUUGCAUUGUUGGCCGGUCCCCCGUAUAUUCCGAAUUUGUCCUGGUCGACCUGCAGUUGAAAUGACCAGGUAUGUGGACGUAGACACUCAAAGCGGCGAAAUCAGCAUUCCAGCAGAAGCGAGUCAAACACUGCCGAAAGGGAAACCAUGGCGAGAUGUUCGUUGCUAUGAAGAGAAAAUAUCUGAGAUGCUGUGA